UGCUGUGGGUUGACUACAGUGAGAGACAGCUGCGAGCAAGGCGUGCCCGAGAGUGUGUACCAGGGCUAGCAACCAACCUCAUCACGAGCUCUGUUCAGCGACUGACGUGUCGCCGAGGCAUCCAGUAUGUCCAACUACUCUAUCGCUACGAUACUGUUCGCCAUCUCCCGCCUCACCCAUACUCGCCAGAUGCCGUGUCGUCGGCGGACAGGCGGCUGUGGCGCAUGCCUGACUGCAGAGAAGGUGAAAGCCGCGAUGGGCCCGAAUGCAACGGCAGCAUGCUCCAGCAGCCAGCUCCGCAGCGACAAGUCGAGGCGUGCUGGCGGAUGCUCUCGUCGAGGAGCGGGCCAAGAGGCGGUGACGGGGGUGCAGACGCGGUGCAACGCGCAGCUGCAGUGCACGUGAAGACCUGACAGCUGCAUCGGCACAGUCCUUGGGUAACGGCCGGCGGCGGUCCACGAGCAAGCGUGACAGCGGCUUGCUGGGCGUCUGCGUCGCAAGUCGAGGUGAAGAGCGACGUGUGGG